AAUGUAUAACUAUCAAUAAUAAACAGGUCCAGGAAGAUUAAUCUUUAAUAAUCUAAAACCUUUAGCUGCUGUAAAAUAUUUGAAUCAAACAAAUCAAAAAUCCAUUAUUUAUCCCUUAAGAAAACCAAAACCAGUUCCUGUUACUAAUUCUGUUUUCAGAAAUCAACCUACCAAAGGUGAUUUAUUUUUUGAUCCCAUUAAUCAUGAAGGAGGAUAACCUUUGUGCACUAUGUCUAUGGCAGAUUAUAAAGAAGAUGGAACAUGUCCAAAUUGCAAUAAAAAAUGUAAGAGUUAGUAUCAAUUUAUAAGUCCCUUUAAAUUAAUGGUAUUAUGAUCUCUCCCUUGCAAUGAUUAUUAUGCAAUUUAGAAACAAUCAAAACAAAAAGGAUAUUAUAGAAUGUGUUAAAUAUUAUGAUGAUGGAGAAUAUGAAAUACUCUAUACUGAUUAUUAGGAAGCAUAAGAGACUGAUUAAUACUUGAAUAAUGAUCCAAUUAUUGAUGAGUUGAUUGGAGUCCAAAAAGAAAUUUUACAAAGAGUUGGAAACAAUCAAAAUGUCAUUCUAGAACAAAGUCCAGAUCUUAUAGAGAAUUUCACAAAAAUCAUAGAGAGUGCCUUAUAAUAAUGAU